UUUAGAUAGGCUGUUUAUUAUUUUAUUUGUGAUGGCAGCCAAAGUUCUGUGGGGCAGCGUAGCCUGUGCUCUCAUAUCUGUGUUAUCUGCGGCCGGCGGGAUGUUGGUCCUGGCGUCUGAUGAGACGAAGGAGCAUCGGUUUGGCAAGAUGUGGUUCACCUUGCACCUCAUCACGGCCGGCAUUGCUGCCACUAACUACAGUAAAGUUGUUCACUGGCAGCGUGCAGC